AUGCAUGAGUGUCACUUGAUGCCAUUCAUUUUUACUAAAUAUUUAUAGGAUGAUUUUGAUGUGCCUGUUAUGAUUUAAUUGUCAAAUGAUUAGAAGUUUUUCCAUAAGAGUUAAACUAUAUUCAAAGAAUAUCAAAGAUAUGGAGAUGAAAUGCUAAAGACAUUGUAGCAUGUGGAUUCGAUAUGA